CCUGCCGGGAGGAAGGGAUUAACGGGGAGAGUCAACUCCCGGGCCAGCCGGGUCUCUGCCGGGCGCGGCGGGGAGCGAGGGCGAUUGAGAAAGCCCCGCUCCCACAAGGCCGCCGUCCGCCGGGCCCCUCGGCCCGCCCCGCCGCUGCCCCGGCCGCCACCGAGCGCAGGGAGCCGCCGCCGCCGCCGCCGCGGGCCCUUUAAGGGCCGAGAGGCGCGCGGUCUCUUUAAGGCAGGUCCCGGUGGUUUCUGUUUUCUGAAGGAAGUGACGGGGGGGUGGGAUUGAAUGAAAAGUGCACAGCAGAGGCUCGGAGCGCCGGAGUCGGGGGCCGCUGGAGCCUCGGCGCUUCGCGGCGGGGCGGCCGGGCUCCGGGAGCGCGGUGUCCGCCUCGGAGCCGCCGGGGGGCGCGCGGCAGAGCGCAGCCCACGUGCGUCGGCGCCACGUCGCGGGCGCCGCGCGGCUGAGCCCCCCGGGGAGCCGCGCCCCCGCGCCGAGAACUAGCCUCCGAGUUCGGGCCAAGUUUGGCCGCGGCGCGCCGGGACCGCGAGGGCGGCAGCGGCCCCCGGGGAUGCGCCCACCCGGCCGCCGCGGGGUCCCCCCGGCGUCCCCCGCUCUGCGGCUGCUGCUGCUGCUGCCGCUGCUUGGGCAGCUGCUGGGGGUGCCGCGCGCUGUGGGCGCGGGCACCGGGGCUGGCGCGCCGUCCGAGCUGCGGGUCCGCGUGCGGCUGCCCGACGGCCAGGUGACCGAGGAGAGCCUGCAGGCGGACAGCGACGCCGACAGCAUCAGCCUGGAGCUGCGCAAGCCCGACGGCACCCUCAUCUCCUUCAUCGCGGACUUCAAGAAGGAUGUGAAGAUCUUCCGGGCCCUGAUCCUGGGGGAGCUGGAGAAGGGACAGAGUCAGUUCCAGGCCCUCUGCUUCGUCACCCGGCUGCACCACAAUGAGAUCAUUCCCAGCGAGGCCAUGGCCAAGCUCCGACAGAAAAAUCCACGGGCAGUGAGGCAGGCCGAGGAGGUGCGGGGCCUGGAGCAAAUGCACGUGGACAUCGCGGUCAACUUCAGCCAGGGGGGCCUGCUGAGCCCCCAUCUCCGCAACGUGUGUGCCGAGGCCGCGGAUGCCAUCUACACCCGCCAGGAGGAUGUCCGUUUCUGGCUGGAGCAAGGUGUGGACAGCUCCGUGUUCGAGGCCCUGCCCAAGGCCUCGGAGCAGGUGUUGCUGCCUCGCUGCGGGCAGGUGGGGGACCGCGGGAAGCCCUGUGUCUGCCGCUACGGCCUGAGCCUGGCCUGGUACCCCUGCAUGCUCAAGUACUGCCACGGCCGUGACCGCCCGACGCCCUACAAGUGCGGCAUCCGCAGCUGCCAGAAGAGCUACAGCUUCGACUUCUACGUGCCGCAGAGGCAGCUGUGCCUCUGGGAUGAGGACCCCUAGCCGGGCUGGGGUGAGGGGUGGUCCCUGAGGCAGCUGCUCGGGGCCCGCCGCUCCUCCCCCAGCCGCCAGAGGGGGUGGCCACCCCCAAAUGAGGCCUUAUCUCUCUUCCUCCCCUCCUCCUAAUCCCGGAGCCUCUGGCCCCCUGACUCGUGACUGUGAAAAGGGUUAACUCAUGAAGGCAGCCCCCACUCUGGCCCUGCCCAGCGCCUUGCCUGGAGACAGAGGAGAAGGGGGCUCUCCAAGCGCGCUCCUCCCCUCCUUCAUCUCCCCUGAAGUGUUCACUUUAGAGCAACCAAAAUGUGACGGUCUGUGACUCCUGUUUAACUCUGAAGGCUGAGACCCUGAAAGGUGUCUAUGCCUGCUGCCCUCACCCCCCCGACACGACCACCGCCCCACCCUCUGGAAGGAGGUGGCCCCUCUGCACCUUCCCACUGCCCAGCAAGGAGGGGAUCAUUGCCCCAGAGAGGGGGCAGCCCUACAGUGGAUCUCAACGCGUUCCUCUCACUACUGGCCUCCGAGGCCCCCCACCCUGAGACAGACCACGUGUGCCUUUCCGCAAGACCUGGACUUUGCCGAGGAGGCAGGCACUGGCUUGCCCCCUCUAAACAGAAAUAUUUUUGUAAUUCUGGGGCAGGGAGGGAGCGUGAAGUAUGAGGAAAACUUGAAUUCCAGAUUUUUAAUGCAAAGUAUUUAUCAUUUGUACCAGAAAUAAAAGUUUAAAUUUUUACUUGACUGACA